GAGCGGCGGAGUGUCAGUGGAAGGUGGACUCCCGAGGCGGUAAAAUAGAUUUCAGGCUCAAAAAUCAUCUCAAGACAUGUCUUUCGCUCUUCGCUGAACGGCAGCUCCCGGUGUUGCUCGGUAUGCUCGGUUGCGCGUCUAAGUAAAGUUCGCCGACUUGCGUUGGUGUGUUUUUGAUUGAUUGGUCAGCGGAGAUUAUCGACACCUCCAUGGCUCUGAUAACGAGCGACCGGGGCUGCAAACCGAACGGGACGUCGGCGAUCUACGGCAGAGUGGGGCCGAGGAAGGGAGUGUUUCAAGACAAGGCGGAGGGCCUCAAAACUGCCAAAAUGCAGCCAAAGGACACCGAGUAUUCAACAGAUGGCCUGCCCAAAGCCUUCCUACACAGCCUGAGGACCCUGUUUGACAUUUUGGAUGAUGGUGGACGGGGCUACGUCCACAUCUCGGAGAUCGAGAGCCGCUGGCAGGGCGCAGACACACGGGACCUGCCCGGCGGGGUGCUGGGCGGUCUCAGGAGGGUCACCCCCCCACACGGCUGCCUCACCUUUGAGCGGUUCGUCGCGGGGCUGCGGUACUCCAUGCUCCACCCGGAGAACACCUCCCGCCUCAAGGCCCAGGCUGCCGUGCACCCGCAGCAGGCUCCGAAGCAGCCACAGAAGCCCGCCCCGCUGGCCGCAUGUAGCGGCGGGACCCGGGUUGAGAACAAGGUCCGGCCGCUGGGACCGAGCAACGUGACCAACACCCAGCAGCACAGGGCGUCCUCUAUCCAGAGCGGGGCCAGGCUGGAGGAGGGGUCCGGGUACACCGCGUGUGGACCGGCGAGGUACAGCGCGGGCUACGAGAGGUCCGGGCGCAGUUUGGAGCGGAUUCCCGUCGCUCCAGAGGGAGGGUGUUACAGGACCGAUCCGGGCCAUGCCACUAAAACGACACAGCCCCAGCAGAGCCGCGUCAGGUCCAUUGAGUCGCUGGCUCUGGAGUCACCUCAGCUCCAAGGACCAAGUGUCGUGAAAUCAGGUUUACCGAGAUCCCAGAGCGAAUCAGCAACAGGAUUUACUGGUGGCUCCAGGCGACACGGGCGGAGUCGGGAAGAGCAGAGACGACAUACAAUAUCCAAUGGAGUGGAUUACGGAAUGUUGAAGCAAAUGAAAGAGCUGGAGCAGGAGAAGGACUCGCUGCUGGCGGGCCUGGAAGUGGUGGAGCGGGCCCGAGACUGGUACCAGGGCCAAAUCCACAAUGUCACAGAGAGACAGCGGCAUGUCGGCCAGAGCUCCCACUGCACGGAUUUCUUCACAGAAGCCAAUCAGAGUCGCAUGAAUGUUCUCAUUCCCAAACUGCAAGAAGUCAACCACUGCCUUAAUGACCUUAUUUCCUGCACUGGGAUGCAGUCAUUUCCUUCCAGCGGUGCUCAGUCUGCAGCGCUCUCGGCAACCUCCCAGCUUCCAGCUCCAGCUCCUCCACAAGCCAUCCAGAGACUGAAGGACCAGAACCGACUUCUCACACAGGAGGUGACGGAGAAGAGCGAGCGCAUCGCCCAACUGGAACAGGAGAAAUCGGCCUUGAUAAAACAGCUUUUUGAGGCUCGAGCCCGCAGCGCACAAGACACCAGCACCAUGGAUUCCACCUUCAUCUGAAAACAAUUCCACUCCAGCCAACACCAUAACAUCCCCGUGUUUCCUGCAAACAUCAUGACAUAAUCUGCACUGGUCUGGAGCAAUCUUUUGUAAGACUGACGCUGACUCUUUGUUUACCCAACUGACCACUCGUGGCAGUGACGCACCUUUAGCCAUGACACGCCAAAACCCUCGACUGCAACAUGUCAUCACUCCACCCCAAACCCAACCACGCACUACCUAGACGUGAACGCUCCCGAAUGACUUGAUCCAAGAGUCGAAAGGCUCUUUUACUUGCUGCCUUCACAUUCCCUGCAUAAGCACUCCCACCAAGCUGAAAAGACUGGAACACUGUCAACAAGCGAGUCGGGGCUCGUGAGAUCCCAUUUCUCCCUUUCUUGCAGCAACUGCAAGAUCCUAGCUCCCACUCCCAGAGACAGUUGUUUUACUUCUGCUGCUUGAUUGCACAGGCAGGAUUAAAAACAAACUUUAACUUAGCGGUCCAAAAAUCAAUUUGACAGUAAGGGGAAUGGUUUCUGUUGGAAUAAAAUGCCAUAUUCUUACAGUUUAAUAUGAAAACAAAUCAGCUGCAUCUGCUUGCUGUGAUCUAUCAAUUACAUUUUUGUUUAAAUCUUUUAAGUUUGGUACUUUGAUUUCAGUCAUCAUGAGAUAAACUUUACCCUUGUCUUUCAGUAUUUCCUUCCUUUCAAUGUAAAUUUCUAAUAAUGUUUACCUGACAUUCGCUUUCUCGUUUUGGUUUAUAAUUUCAAACACUGAGAGAGAGGAAUGGUUGAGAAGAACGGUUUUUACUGUAUUUUAUCGUAGCAUGUUAAAUGUUAAGACCUUUCAUGAAUUUUGAGAUGUUUUUGUUUUUUUUAAAGAUUGAAACGAGAUGGGAGGACAGUUUACAAGCCAACGAGGUGUCGUGGUAGAAAUGGAUGAGAGAAGUUUGCACGUAGAAGAGAGCUGAUUAGGACAAACAUGGUAGACGGUGAACGUGUCGGAGUUGGGAGAUGUUCUGAUGUCAUGUCAGAAACAAAAAAAAAA